AAAAAAUUUAAAACUAAAAAAGAGAGGAAAAAGAAAAAAAAAUGGGAAGCGGAGGCCGAGCCUUCUUCCUCUGCAAACCGCCCUCGCUCGCCGCCCUCGUUCCCUCCCUCGCCUCCGCCCGCCGCCUCCGCCACGGCUUCAGCCCGCUCGGCCCCCGCCCCCCUCCCUCGCCGCCGGUCCCCGCGCCCCGCCGCCGCCGCAUCAUGGCCGCCUCGGAGGCCGCCGCUUCCCCGCCGGGCGACGCCGCCGGCUGCUCCCCGGGAGGCGAGAAGCAAACCGCUUCCGCUUCCGCUUCGUCGCCGUCGCCGUCGCCGUCGCCUUCCGCCGCGUCCUCCGCUAUCGACUUCCUCACUCUCUGCCACCGCCUGAAGACAACCAAAAGAGCUGGUUGGGUGAAGAGAGAUGUAAAGGAUCCAGAGUCUAUAGCGGACCACAUGUAUCGAAUGGGAUUGAUGGCGCUUAUUGCUUCAGAUGUUCCUGGUGUUGACCGAAACAAGUGUAUAAAAAUGGCAAUUGUACAUGACAUAGCUGAAGCUAUUGUUGGGGACAUAACCCCUUCUGAUGGCAUCUCAAAGGUGGAGAAAAGCCGAAGAGAGAGGGAAGCAUUGGAUCACAUGUGCAGAUUACUUGGUGGACAAUCACAAGCAAAGGAGAUAAAUGAACUAUGGAUGGAGUAUGAGGAAAAUUUAUCACCAGAAGCCAAAGUUGUUAAGGAUUUUGACAAGGUGGAGAUGAUACUUCAAGCCCUGGAGUAUGAAAAUGAGCAAGGGAAGGAUCUCGACGAGUUUUUUGUGUCGACUGCUGGUCAAUAGGGUACUUAUUUGAGAAAGCUGAACGUUUUCAACGUUGUAAAUUGCAAAAGUAUGGGAUGAUGGUGAAGAGAUUGCUAUGGACUGAUAGUUGAGGGAGAUGAUUGCCAUGAAUUGGUAGGGCAAUUUUGGAGCAAGUCUUGCAAGCAGCUGGUGCAUGUAAACCGCUCUGUCUCGGCCAUGUGGGUCCUACGUCGGGCCCACAUAGUUAAUUGGACGAGAUAUAAGUGGGCUCAGCUCUAGGUCCUUGCAAUAAUUUUUCAAAAUUUUGGCUACUUUAUUUGAGUAUCUACUGCAAUAGAUUAGGGAUGCGGGUGUUGUGGCAAUAAUUGAAAGAAAAAGGAAGAAGCUGCCAUUCUUUCAUUAUUGAGUAGGGUAAUACUAAAACUUACCUCAUAGUUAUAGAUAUUUGAUCUGAAAAUGAAAAUUGUCAAGAAAGUUUGACUUUAUUGGUGUGAGACUUUGUGAUAAUGUAGGGGGUGAACAUUAUUAGUAGAUGAUUAAGUGUAAUUGAUUAUUGAAUCUCUUAUAGAUGUUUGGGGAACACGUGUACUUUUUAAGGGUGCAUGAUCGAAUCUUUUGUUAGUAGUUACUUGCGUGUUAGUGGCACCUCUAGAAAAACAGAAGUUAAUCUUUGGGCUGUUGUCUGACUAACCUUCGUUUUCACCUAAGUCUCGCUUAUAAUCUUGUGUUAUAUGACGACGCUAUCUGCAUCAUGCUAGUUCCAUAUGGAACGAACUCACAAUUUUCACCAUCUUCUCUGCAGGAAAAUUUCAGACUGAAUUGGGCAAAGCUUGGGCAUCAGAGAUAGCAUCAAGAAGGAAAA